UUCAUACUCGUAUAACUUGUUUAGUUUAUAAUAGGUUGAUAGGUGUAGUAAUUUAUUAGAAUGAUGUAACAAAUUAAACUUUCUGCAAGACUGAACUGAAAAAGAAAAGGCAAAAUUUUGAUCAAAGUACCAUUAUGAUUUUUUUUUUUUGGUGCAAAGGAGGUACCCAUAAAUAUAUGAUGCUAGAGUACGAUAUAGAAUAUUUUCUUAUUACAUGCAAAUUAAAUGCUUGCAAUUUGGAGCCUAAUCUCCAAGCUCAAACUGUGCUCUUCACCAAAACACAUUCACCAAAUUCAUGGAUUCCUUCUUUCUACAGGACUUCACCAUGACUACUUCCUCCUUUCCAAAUUUAUUGAAUCCUGUUCAAGAUUCAAUCUUUCAGAUUAUGGGUACUCUGUUUUCAACCAAAAUUCUCAACCUUGUAUUUAUCUUUACAAUACCAUGAUCAAAUCUUUGUCUUUGCACCAUUCUUCUGCUUCAGAAGCCAUCUUUCUCUUUAACAGAAUUCGGGUUUUCGGUCUUUUCCCCGAUUCGUACUCUUUCCCGUUUGUUCUUAAGGCGGCGAGCCGGGUUUGUGAUGGCAAUGCUGGGAAAAUGAUUCAUGGGCAGAGUAUAAAAUCUGGGUUUGAGCUGAAUAUUCAUGUUGUGAUUGCCAUUGUUCAGAUGUAUUCAUCUUGUGGGUCUUUGGAGGAUGCACGUAAGGUGUUUGAUAAAAUGUCUAGCUCAAAUGAUGUUGCAUUGUGGAAUGCGAUGUCUGCUGGAUAUGCUGGUGUUGGUGAUAUGUGUAGUGGGCGGGCAUUGUUUGAGUGUAUGACUGAGAGGAAUGUGAUCUCUUGGACUACGUUGAUGGCGGGUUAUGUUCAUGUGAACCAACCUGAAGAGGCGAUUGAGAUCUUUCGGAGGAUGCGAGUUGAGGGUGUGGAGCUUGACGAGGUUGCUCUACUGGCUGCUCUUUCAGCUUGUGCUGAUUCAGGGGCACUUGAGUUAGGGGAGUGGAUACAUGACUUCCUUGAGAAGCGUGGAUUGCGUAGAACGGUCCCUCUAUAUAAUGCUCUUGUUGAUAUGUAUGUGAAAUCAGGAAAUAUAAAUAAGGCUUUGCAAAUUUUUGAGAGUAUGCAGCACAAGAGUGUGGUGUCUUGGACUACAAUGAUAGUGGGGUUAGCCUUUCAUGGCCAUGGAAGGAAAGCAUUGGAGAUGUUUUCUCGCAUGGAAAGAGGGGGAUGUAGGCCGAAUGAGGUCACUUUCAUUGGAGUCCUGUCUGCUUGUACACACGUUGGUUUCGUUGAAUUGGGGAACUCGUACUUCAAAUCUAUGAGCUCCAAGUAUGGGAUCACACCCAAGAUUCAACACUAUGGCUGUAUGGUGGAUUUGUUAGGCCGAGCUGGAUGUCUCGAGGAGGCAGAGGAUCUAGUCAGGAGGAUGCCCUUCAAUGCUAAUGCUGCUAUAUGGGGAUCGCUUCUAGCUGCUGCUAAGAUGCAUAGAGAUUCGUCCCUUGCUGCAAAAGCUUUGCAGCACCUUGCAACUUUGGAACCUGAUAAUAGUGGAAACUAUGCUCUUCUUUCCAAUACAUAUGCAUCAGUUGGAAAUUGGAAUGAAGCUAGGUUGGUGAGGAAAACAAUGAAAAGCUCUGGUGUAAAGAAGUUGCCAGGUGAAAGCUCUAUUGAGCUAAACAAUUGCAUUCAUGGUUUCGCUGCAGGAGCAUUCUCACAUCCCGAGGCUAAAGCGAUUCAUGACAUUCUUUGGGAGAUACACCUGCAAUGUACAUUGGAAACUCACGAGCAAAAUGUAGUGGAACCAUUUUUAUUGGAGUAAUUUAAUUAUGGGCUGAUAAUUGUUGUGUGAAAGUGCUGAAGCAACACAUUGGAGACUCGAUAUGUUUGUAUUGCAUUUGGGCGCAAUCCGAUGAUUUACAUGCUUCAAAUCUGAUGGAAAUACCAGUUUGGCCUGGUGAGCUUCACAAUAUCCAAAGGAUUGAUGAAUUAAUCCAUCUAAGAAGUACUCGGAGUGUUCUUAUUAUUGAUAUAACAUACAACCAUGAGUCCAUGAGGGUGCAACUACUUCUCAAAGGGAUACUGUAAUUCCAUGAGCUUAAUGUCACUCAGAGAAGUCCUCGGGGUUCAUGUUUCCUGUCAUAAGUCUCAAAACUUAAAGAGCAGAAUGACACAGAGGACAUGGUUUGAUUACUUUGAUAUAAGGAAAAAAAUGCAAGGAUUAGCUCUUGAAUGCUGAAGAAGGGAGGCAUUAUGAGAAACUAUGACAGCCUUACAUCACUAAGGCCAUUCUUUGCUUGUAAAAAAAAAAACCCCUUCCAAGCUGAGUAAUUGAAAAUGUCACAUUAACUCAAAUUUUUAUAUGAUCACACGGUGUGGCUGGGCUUACUGAAUCGGUCAAUGAUUACUCGGAUGGUGUUUUGGUAUGUGUUAGCUCACCGCACAGUGUGAUUGACCCUACGUUCCUACCAAAAAAAAACUCAUAUACGAUCUACAGCACAAAAAGAGAGAGAAAGAGAGGAAAGAGAAAAUGGGCUCGAAUCAUGGGUUGAAAAAACAAACUUAAAAAUAGAAAUUGGGCUCGUUGAAAACGUUAUUUUUUUGUUGGAGUCUUUAUAAUGUAUACUAUUAUAACAAUCUUUUUUUAUAUAAUUUUACUAACAUAUAAUUAGAGGCGAAAUUUCUUUUAGGGUUUAUAAUUUGAGUGGAGAAAAAGAGUUACAAAACUCGGAAUGAG